GAUCACUACCAAACGUACGAAAAAUUAGCUCUGAUGUCAUUUUCAAGCAUUCAUGAUUCACGACAGUCCAAAAACGGCGUCGUGCUCAGUCUGCACACCAUUCGCAACUACUUAACCAAUUUUGUUGUGUUUUUUGCCUCUAAUAUGUUGCGACUUGUGAUGAGCUAAGCUGAAUUCUCUGUUUUUUUUCUUACACCCAAUCUUCAGAUAUAUCUGGAUUCUGAGUUCUGACCACUUGUGUUUCGACGAAAAACAUGAAUCUUCGGCGGCGUCUGAUGAAUCUUUUUGUUCUUGUUCUCAACUCGCUGGUUUGGUCUUGUUCUGGUGAAAUGCUAGCUUUGCCCCUGAAAACUCAAGAAAUUCCACCUGGGUCCUUACCCAGAGCCCCGCGUAAGCUGCCGUUCACUCACAACGUCACCCUCACGGUGGCUCUCACGGUGGGGUCGCCGCCGCAGAAUGUGACUAUGGUGCUGGACACCGGGAGUGAGCUGUCGUGGCUACGCUGCAACGAGACCCAGAUUAAGCAACCCGUUUUUUACCCGAACCGGUCGUGGUCCUACGCGCCGGUGCCGUGUUCCUCCCCCACCUGCACUACCCGGACACAGGACUUCUCCAUUCCGGCGUCCUGCGACUCCCGGAACUUCUGCCACGCGGUGCUGUCCUACGCCGACGCUUCCUCGUCGGAGGGGAAUUUAGCGAUGGAUACGUUCAGCAUUGCCGGAACGAAUUUCACGGGUACCAUAUUCGGGUGCAUGAAUUCGGGUUUCAGCAGUAACUCCGAUGAGGAUUCCAAGACUACCGGGUUAAUGGGUAUGAACCGUGGAUCUCUUUCUUUUGUUUCUCAAAUGGGGUUCGAUAAAUUCUCGUAUUGUAUCUCAAGUUCGGAUUUUUCCGGUGUUUUACUGCUCGGAGACUCCAAUUUUACCUGGGUUAUACCGCUAAAUUACACUCCCUUAGUUCAAAUCAACAUCCCUCUGCCUUAUUUCGACCGGGUCGCAUAUACGGUUCAUCUUGAAGGUAUAAAAGUUUCGGAUAAAUUACUCCCGAUUCCAAAAUCCGUAUUUGAACCCGACCAUACGGGUGCGGGUCAAACCAUGGUGGACUCCGGGACCCAGUUCACCUUCCUUCUUGGCGAGGCUUACACCGCUCUGAGGGAAGAAUUCUUGAACCAAACAAGGGGAAUUCUCCGGGUCUUGGAUGACCCGAAUUACGUGUUCCAAGGGGCUAUGGACCUGUGCUAUAUAGUCCCAUUCAACCAAACAAGACUACCACCUUUGCCCUCCGUAACUUUACUGUUCCAAGGCGCUGAAAUUAAGGUUUCGGGUGACGGGUUACUCUAUCGGGUUCGGGGCGAGGCCCGGGGCAACAACUCGGUGCACUGCUUCACGUUCGGGAACGCCGAGCUACUAGGCAUCGAGGCAUAUCUGAUUGGACAUCAUCACCAACAAAACGUUUGGGUCGAGUUUGAUCUGGCCAGAUCUAGGAUCGGUUUUGCUCAAGUGAGAUGUGACUUAGCUGGCCAACAGUUUAAUGUAUGACACUAUCCGUACCUAUAGUUAUGUAUGAUUUGAUGACAUUACAGGUAAUUGGUAUAGUUACAAGUGAUGCUCGAUAAUAGGUAGGAUCGCGGGAAGUGUUAUGGUCCCAUGGACUGGCGCGGAUGAAUUUAUGUUUCACCAUGUCCGUGCCAAUCUUUAAAUGAGGGUGGUGAGGUUGGGUGGUAGAUUUCGUGAGUGAAGGAUGGGUGUAAAUUUGAAGGAGAGGUGACUGUUGAUUGUCCUUCCCAUUUUGUACAUUUUGCAAUUUUUGUGCCUCAUAAAACUUAGGUAAUGAACAUAGGCAGCCAGGGGAAUCUUUUGUGUGUCUUGCCCAUGUAUGUGUAGUGGAAUACUUAUUUUGUAUUGUAUAAUAUAAUAUAAUAUAAUAUAAUUAGUGAUGUCUUUGCCUAUA